ACCGGCACCAUGCGACCCGAGGCGGUUGGAUCCCGGGAGGCGCGGGGACGCCUCUGCCACUGUCCCGGAGAUGAUCCCGGGAGGCCAGUGCUGCCGCGCGGGCCGGAAAGUCCCAUCCCAGCCCCUUGGAGACCGUGGAUGCCGCCUCCUGGAGAUGCUGAGCUGACCAGAACUGGAAGUCCGUGUCAGCCUUGUGGGAACCAGCAAACUGUGGGGUCAAAGGGAGCCUUUGGGUUCCAGCAUCCUGUCAGACUUUACUUACCCAUUUCAAAACGUCAAGAAUACCUGCAGAGUUCUGGGGAAAAAGUGCUGGCCAGCUUCCCAGUGCAAGCCACCAUUCAUUUCUACAAUGACAAGUCAGACUCGGAGGAGGAGGAGCAGCAGGAGGAGGAGGAGCAGCAGGAGGAGGAGGCCCAUUGCAACCAUCAUCAGUGCCAGGAGGCAGAGGCAUGGCCCAUCCAUCCUCAGUGUUGGGAGACAGAAAGCCCAGGAGGAAAGGGCAGACUAGGACUGGCAAGCCUGUAGGGAGGAAGGAGUGGCCUGGGGCAAGGGUCAGCUGCCUGCAGGUGAUUCU